CAUAAAAUUGAGAAAAAAAUUCACAAAUAUCAUUGUUAUGAGCUUCACAUGCUAAAUAACAACGAAGUUAAUUCAGCUCAUAAACUUUGGAUUUCGCCUCUAUAGACUGCUACUUGGAUUACUCCCCUUUGACCAUGUCGGCCAUCUUCAAAGCUCGGCCAUCUUCGCGCCUUUUCGAUAUCGAUGAACAGAUUUUACGCGCAACUUCCGGUAAUGGAGGAGCUGUAAAUUGGGAAUUGGUAGCAUGAACAGGUAAGUGAAAAUGUAUGUAAACAUAGAAUGGUCCACAUUUCAUUUGAUCUAUUAGGCUCCCAAUAUUUGGAUAGAUUAUAAUUGCAGUCCAAGAUGCAUUAUCCCAUAAUGCAUCAUUUUCCAAGAAGGAUAUGCUUAAAAAUGGAGGAUUACAUGAAACACCUCAUUUCUCAGGACAUUUUAUUAAGUUUGAUCCUUAGUGUAUUGCUUUUGAUGUUAGUAGUGUUAUUGUGUAUUUUCAAAAAAACAUGUGAAAUGGAAUCUGAUGUUCAGGAGAUGCAAUGGAGAAAACGUUUAUUAGGACAUUUUCAUUAUUGUGAAGGAAAUUUAUCAUGAUGUUUGAACUCUGCCUCAAAAGUCAAUCUGAUACUGUCCUGAUAAUGUCAUAUGCACUUUAUAAUAACUAUAAGUGUUCAUAUACUGUGAAAGAUUAUCUUAAUUCAGAGUCUAUGGAAAUGGUAAUAAAACGAGUAUUAGAAUUUCAAUCAGUUGUGGAAUUUGAGGAUGUAAUUCAAUACUGCUGUCGCAUGCAAAUACAUUAUUGUUAAAGGUGAGUGUAACUUAAUGAAACUUAAUAGAUAACAGGCUACCCUGUAGUUCUUUUGAUUUUUGGUAGUACACAUUUAAUUUUUCAAAAUUAUCAAACCUUCACAGAAAAUUGCAGUCAUUAAAAUUUAAAGAGCAUGCCUGAUUCAUAACCCCUAAAUGUUGGACUUGUAAAACUCGUGAAUUUUAGACAUAUUUAGCUCAUAACUUUAGAUUGAAAGUAAAACAACAGUUUAACUGGCUUUGUAAAAAAAAAAAGAAUUAAAGUCCAAUCGUAGGAGUUUGAAGUCUUAAGGAAGAUUUUAAAACCAUUUUUACAUGUUUUUGUUUGUUGUCCUGCAAUAUUGCAUCUAUUGUAAACUUUUGAGCAUUUUCAGUGUCUUCUCUGAAACAAUGUGUAGAACAUCUUUGGGUAGAUGGAAAUAUUGUGGUUUCUGCCUCCUUGAGCCCGAGGGUGUGGGGCCUAAAUAAAAAUAUUGUAUGUUUGCCCAAACGCGACUGACCCGGAAAAAAAACCCCGCCGAGUCAAAUUCUUUUAUUGCCGUUUUUCGGCAUUUUUUUUUUCUUUCUAUUUUUAAUUGUCCGCGCCGUCACCGUAUUCAAUUUUAAUGUGAAGUAAUAACUUAACACUUGCGCUUGAAAGAAACCCGCGAAGUCUUUGCGAGACGCAGUUUAUAAUUUUAUCUCUGUCAUACUACAUGUACGAAAACGUUAAAUCUAGUAAACAUGUGUUCAAAGAUGGAAGACGGAUUUUUCACGCUGUCUUCGUCCGUUGUGAUAAAAAUUGACAACAAAGUAAAGCCGACCGUGUCAAACAGACUAUAUCGGUUCAACAAUAAGAAACAUGGACUAUACAUAUAUACCGUAUUUUGCCGAAUAUGAUACGGACUUCUUUUCAAGAAUUGUUGGGUGUGAGAAAGGGGUGCGUAUUAUAAAUCAUAAUAUAGGGUUUUGACCAUUUUUUUUCCAGGUGGAACUCGAUCGGCGGUUAAGAUUCACUCGGAGACAUAGCAUUCAUUGAUACUGAACGCUUUUUCGCGUUGUUCGUCUAUUUAGCAGCGAAAAAUCUAUCUCAAGAAAAUUAGUUAUUACUACAAGAACGUAAAAUUGUAGAAAAUAUGACACUUACAAUAUGUAAGAAAUCAAAUUAUUAUGAAACAGCCAAAUCAAAAUUCAUUGGAUCUGAAUAUUCUUCACCUCGUAUGCCACCUUCCUAGCAUGUGUACACAAUGCCUUGUCACGUGCUAAAAUAAACGAAGUUAGAUUGGAAAAUGAAUUGCCACUGAAAAGUUAGUUACUCUAAGGUUGAUGAAUAUAUUUUAAUGAAAUGUUAAUGUGAAACUUUGAAAUAACUUUUCUUGAGCAAAAGAAAUGAGACGGCGACCAGCACGUGUUUUACGAAGCCAUAGUUAGUGAUGUUCCAAUCAUCAAUUAUAAUCGAAAAUCAGUCGAUUGUUGGCACAUUCUAAGCGCUCGAUUAUGAAAAUUUUAUUCCAAUUAAUCAGUUUUUUAGAUUUUGAUUUCUUGACGACUUGUUUUGUUUAUCGUAAUGGCGGCGCACAUGGAAGCGAAAGGCAUUGAUCUAGAUAGCCAUACCCGGGGAAUAAAACAAGUUCGCAUGGUACUUGCAUGUUCGUCGUCACAGGGCAGUGACAUUCGAAUUACUUUUGAUUCAGACAAAAAAACUAAGGAAUAUCCAUCAAAUAGAAUCUUGAUACAAGCAAAGCCAUGUUUGAAAUAUGUAAAUAAAACCCGUUUUUAAAGGUAAUUUUUACUCAGCACGUGCGUAUUGUGUUUUCGAUUGGUGAAAAUAAAUUUUUUUUGGUUCUUUUUUAAUAAUUUGAAUUUCUUUCUUUAUUUUUCUUUGCUGAAUUUUAAUUAUGUCGGAUCAUCGUCAGUUAAUGACAUGCGACUUUGAUAUACGGGGAUAUAACUGAAGCAAACGAUAUCCGUUUUUUUGUUGUUGGUUUUUGUUGUUGUUUUUUUUGCCGCGUAGACCCUUCUAAAAGUCGUAUUGGCUUUUAAUAUCUGUGCGUAAUUAAAGAUAGUAAAAAAAAUAGCAAAUACACACAGAAAAAAUUCAUUUACACUUUUUCUGACAGCAAUAGAAACAACAAAUAUAAAUGUACAAAAUAUUUAUUUACACUUGUACAGUAGUUAAAUGACUUCAUUAUAAAAUUUCUAGUUGUCCGAUUAUAAUCGAUUAUUAGUUAGUUACAGUGAACCAAUCAUCGGUUAUGAAAUUCUCACCGAUUCCCAUCACUAGCAAUAGUUGAGUACGUGCACUACGCUUGUCAUUUGAUUUUGUCAGAUACAGCCUCAGGGUGAAGAAAUAUCCGAUAAUUUUUUUUCACAUUUUUUAUUAAAGUGAAGGGAAAAAAAUGCAGCAUGAAUUAGCACGCUGUCCGAUUUCCAUGAGUCGGUAUACACUGUAUUACAUUUUCUUUUGCCGUACAAACGACUUGUAUGGAUACGAUAAAUACCCAUCUUCAUGAAACAAAAUUCCAGAGUGUUGUGCUUGAAUUUUUCAUUUCUCUACCGUAUCCAUAUUUUAUAAGUUAACGAGAGGUUUGAUAUAUCGCACCUAAUGUACAUCACUGGUGGUAUGUUCAUUACAAUAAAUUAAAUGCUAGUUUAAUAUUUUGAUUUUAUUUUUACAACAUCGACUAUUUAAAUGAUUAUAAGUUUCAACAAAGACAUGCCCAGUCUGUUCAAACUUUAAUGCUACAAAUUCUCGUGCUUUGCUGAAAUUAACACGAUGAUUACCCGGGAUAUUCAGCGAAGAUUACAGCGAUGUUGAAAGUCAAGAUGACUGCAUGUUGUCUCAAAAAUAUAGCUACCCGGUUUGCAAAUUCUUAUUCUUUUGUUUGUAAUUAAUUAAUUCAUUGAAAAUCACUGCAAAGUAUAAAGUUAAGAUUACCGCUUGGUCAAAAUUUUUGCUGCGUAUUACACACACGAAUUGCGUUUUUUCCCGAAUUUUCAAGCCCAAAGUGUGUGUGUGUGGGUGGGGGGUGGGGGGGGGGGGUAUUAAACACAACUGCGGCAAAAUACGGUAUAUGAUUUUUGACACUGUUAGAAGGAUCUGACAAUCGGAGAGAAUCAUGCAUUGAACAUUGAACUUUUUCCCCAUAUGUAAUUCUGUGUUUCUGAGUUCUGUCAUUGAUAUGAUGUAUUGUUUUACACAGUUUUAAAACUCAGUUUGAAUGUUGAGUGUUUUUAAUUCUAAAAUCUUCAGUUUUGUUGGAGAGACAUCUGUUGCUUGCAUUAUAUUUGUACAUAUUCAGUUUCGAAAAUCUGGCGCUCAAAAAAAAAAAAAAAAAAAAAAAAAAGAAUUUGCCUACCUACCUACCCAUACCCAAUAAUCAUGAGUCGGAUUUGGGCAAAUUGAAAUAUUUUUAAUGAUGGCCCAGCUCAUAAUAAUUGGAUGAGUAAUACUUCACUCACAAUAUUUGCAAAUUAGACGAGUAUCAAAAUCAGUAUAUGUCCAUUACUAUUAGCUUAACUCGUGAUAUAUGGACAUUGUCAUUAUUUUCCCAUGGUUCACUGGGAAACUGUGACUCCAUUAUGACCAAGAAGGAUUGAGGAAAGUGGUUACUUUUUACAAGGAAUUAUGGAUAACCAUGAUUUGCCUGUUGGUUUAUUAAUCAUAAUGUCUGCAUUUGAAUUCUCCGAGAUAUGUAUUAUGUGUGCAGAUUGUGACUUUGAUGUGCUGGAAAUCUUUGUUGAUGGACACAAUGCUUUCUUUUUUUAUGAUAUUCUUGAAUUGCAAGCAACUGUCUCUUACUGCUCGGUGAAAGGGUUUGAAUAUAAGAAGUAUGUUAUUGAAUUAUAGAAGGUGAGAUCUUUUUUUUUUUUAUCAGCAUUGAAGUUUUCUUAUAUUAUGAAAAAAGUAUUUUUUUUCCUUAAAAUAUUAUAUGGACAGUGUUUCCCCAGGCCGUUUUUGCAUGGCGGGACCGCCAUGAAUUCACGAUCUCCCGCCAUGCAUCACACAUUGCCGCUAUGCUUCCCGCUAUGCAUAAAUCAUGAAUGAUAUAACAUCUUAAUACUAAGAAAAGACUUACUUAAAUUGUGAUCAGUUAUAAAUUAAUUCAUGGACAACUCAAAUUACUAGAAUCCUCGCGUCACAUGUUUCACACCUGUGGUGAACUCGAGUGCGAAUCACGACACGGGGUAUGAUGCAAUAGCUGUCAAUUUAUGCUUAUUACAAUUUACUGGUGCAUAUUCAGCUUUCAUUUUGGAUAAAAACAUUUAUUACAGUGAAAAAUAAUCAAUCGCUGUCGGAUAUUAUACACCGUCAAAGUAAUACACUUGUUAAUGCACGUGUGGGUUUUUCCAACCAUCACCGGUCGUUCUAAAAAUAGCAUAAACAUUCGACAUUAAAAAUGAUUUAUUAGUAUAAUUCAUGCGUUUGUAGCCAUCUUUUAGCAUAUAAAGCAAGAUUAAAUUGAAUAUGUCCAAUAAAUAUUCGUUUAUCUACUCUGUGAUCUGUCGGUAAAUACUUUGACGAAGCGCACGUGCUAUACAGUACACAAUGACGUAAUGCAUUCGACAGCUAUUUAGAACUAUACCUGUAAAUCGAAAUGUUUUCUACAGAAAAAAAAAUGAACACUCAAGUCAAGUUUACUUGCAAUCCAAUUUAAGCAAAACUUAUUUUGAAAGUAUAAAAUUCAAUAGAACAUUUAUAGUUAUAAUAAUAAUAGAUCAUAAUGGAAAGUGAAGAUAACGAACAGUGAUCAAUCUCUUAACUCCUAUAAGCAAUAAUAGACCUGUAAGGUAAAUUUCUUCUUGGAGUUUAUAAUGUUUUCACAUACUUUGGAAAAAUAAAAUUUAAAAAAAAAAAAUUAUUCCCUACCUACCUACCCUAAUUUUUUCUGGAAUGUUAGCAGAAACUCAACUAUUUUUAUUUUUGGCCUAAUGUGCACACUGUUGUUGUAAUGAUGACUGCAAAUGUAGGGACACUUAGAAAAUUGAAGUUAAUAAAAGAAAGGGGAAAUUCACUAUUAAGUUUGUAGACCUAGACAGCAUGCUUAAUACAGCACAUAAAAAAAUAACUACGAAGGGUCUGAAGGAAAAAAACCUUGAAAAUCAUGGGUGAUAUUUAUGAUAAUUUUUACUUAAAGGGUACCUGCAGUAGCAUUUUAUUUUUUAAUAUGCUGAAUAUCACGCUGAAAUAAAACUGUAGAAAAACAAGAUGUGAAGAAAAAAUGCUCCAAAAAAUUUCUUGAGUUUGUCAUGAAAUCGGUAAUGAUGCACCACAAACUUCACGUUGAGACCUCAUCUAUAAAAUAGGAUUGUGUGGAAACGAACUCUGGCUAAGAGCUAGGAGGUUCAAACCUGUGAACAAUGCAAAAUCAUUAAUACUAAAGUUUUGAAAAUUCUAUUUCAGGUUGAAAAUGUUUCGAUGGGCAAGAAUUAAAGGUGUGCCCUGUCAAAUGCGAUGGCCAGUGAAAUUACUAUCUGAGGAUGACUGUAACAUAAAAGUUUAUUGCUUGUCAGAUGAUGCUAUGUUGUCUUGCAAGAAAGAAAAAGACCCUACAGUGCUUUUUGGACGAUCUAAAGUGGGCUAAAGAAAGUCAGGAUGGUGCACUUAAGAAGGGACAUGCACCUAAGAGGAAAGGAAAACAGAGAGGUUACAAGGAUGAUUGCCUACUCAUUAAUGACACUCCACUAUAUGAGAAUAACCAAAAGAGCAAUGCAGAAGUUCAGAGACCAAAAAAAAGGAGAAUACACAAAGGUCACGAGUGGAUGGAGUCUGAAGGUCAGAAGAAGAGUAUCUGUUCAGAGAGUAUUGAUGACACUCCACUAAAAGAGAAUAACCAAAAUAGUCAUGCACCUGCAGAAGCUCAAAGACCGGAGAAAAAAUGGAUACACAAAGGUCGCAAGGAGCAGUGGAUGGAAUCUGAAGGUCAGAAGAAGAGUAUCUGUUCAGAGAGUAUUGAUGACACUCCACUAAAAGAGAAUGACCACAUUAGCCAUACAAAGGCUCAAAGACCAAAGAAAAGAAGGAUGAAUAAAGGUCACAAGGAGCAUUGGAUCGAGUAUGCAGAUCCGCAGAUGAGUUAUAUAAUUGGUGGUCAGGAGGAGAACUGCCCAGAGAGUAACAGAGACUGUCCAGAAAGUAACGAAGGUCAGCAGAACUGUCCAGAGAGUGACCGAGAUUGUCCAGAAAUGGAUGGAUGUCAGCAGAAAUGUCCAGAGAGUGACAGAGAUAGUCCAGAACUAGACGGAGGUCAGCAGAACGGUCCAAAGAGUGACCGAGACUGUCCAGAACUAGAUGGAGGUCAACAGAACUGUCCAGAGAGUGACGGAGAUUGUCCAGAACUAGAGGGAGGUCAACAGAACUGUCAAGAGAGUGACGGAGACUGUCCAGAACUAGACGGAUGUCAACAGAACGGUCCAGAGAGUGACCGAGACUGUCCAGAACUAGAGGGAGGUCAGCAGAACUGUCCAGAGAGUGACCGAGACUGUCCAGAACUAGACGGAGGUCAACAGAACUGUCCAGAGAGUGACCGAGACUGUCCAGAACUAGAUGGAGGUCAACAGAACUGUCAAGAGAGUGACGGAGACUGUCCAGAACUAGACGGAUGUCAACAGAACGGUCCAGAGAGUGACCGAGACUGUCCAGAACUAGAGGGAGGUCAGCAGAACUGUCCAGAGAGUGACCGAGACUGUCCAGAACUAGACGGAGGUCAACAGAACUGUCCAGAGAGUGACCGAGACUGUGCAGAACUAGAGGGAAGUCAGCAGAACUGUCCAGAGAGUGACCGAGACUGUCCAGAACUAGACGGAGGUCAACAGAACUGUCCAGAGAGUGACCGAGACUGUCCAGAACUAGAUGGAGGUCAACAGAACUGUCAAGAGAGUGACGGAGACUGUCCAGAACUAGACGGAUGUCAACAGAACGGUCCAGAGAGUGACCGAGACUGUCCAGAACUAGAGGGAGGUCAGCAGAACUGUCCAGAGAGUGACCGAGACUGUCCAGAACUAGACGGAGGUCAACAGAACUGUCCAGAGAGUGACCGAGAUCUUUUAGAAAUUUACGGAGGUCAGCAGUUGAAGGCCGACAGCGACUUUGAGGAUUUUGAUGAUUUCAAUGAUCCUGACUAUAUUGUAGAAAGCGAAGGAACUGAUGGAAGUGACAGUGACUCAAUCACUGAUGUUGAAAAUGUUGAAAAAGUCGUAAAGUCACAGAAUCAUGUUGCAGGAUUAAAAAAGAACAUUACUAGAACAGAUGAUGGAUAUUUGAAUAUAGACAACUUUCCAGACAGUGCUUCAGGAUUGGACAAGAACUGUAUUGGAUCAGAUGACCAACCAGGCAAGAGAGGAUCUGAUUGUGUAUCCGUUUUGGAAAAGAAAAUCACUACAUCAGAAGAUGGUUAUUUAAACUUGGACGACCCACCAUGCAAGAGAGAACUUGAUGAAAAUGAUUGUCUGUUUGAUAAAAAGUUUCCAAAUGUUUUCAUUAAGGGAUUAAAAAAAGAGAAUGCAAACUCCAAGCACAAUAGGGUAUAUGAUUGUGUGCAUGCAUGUUUUUACUGUCAUGAAAUAUUCACCAACAUACAAAGUCAUCUUGAACGUAGACAUUUAAACCAUGACAAGGUGAAAGCCAUUAAAGAGCUGAAAGACUGUAAGAUGAAGGACACGAAUCAGGAGAAAAUUAAAGAGUUGGAGAGAAGGCUGACUUCAGAUAUGAAAUUGCUACGAAACUUGGGUGAUCACCUUCAUAACAUGAAAGUACUGAGACAUAAAGAAGGUGAGCUUCUUUUGCCUAGGAGAAGAACUGUCACAUUUAAUCUUGAGGAGUACGGUCCAUGCCCUAGUUGUAAAGAAUGGAUGAUACUGAAUUCAUCUAUAACUAACCAUCAGAAAACAUGUCCAGUGAGAAGUGAAGACUACCACAAAGGUUACACAAUGAUACAAGUAGGAAUCAUAACAGGGAAAGUAAAACCUACAGGAUCCAAAAGGAUUGUUAAAGAAGUGUUCCCUUCAAUGAAAAAGGACAAAAUUGCAGAGAUUUGUAUGGCCGAUCCACUCAUUCUUGCAUUAGGAGAUGUUUGGUUUAUGAAAAACAUUGACAAUAAAAGAAAAAGAAAAUACUACGCAAGUUUUCAUAUGAGGUUGGCAGCCCGCCUCCUAUUGGCAUUCAGAAAUUCAGUGGAAAGAAUGGACAGUUCAAUGAGUGAAAUGUUAAGUCCAGGCAACUUUGACAAAGUAACAGAAAUAGCGCUUCAAAUUUGCAAUGAUAAUGAAGAUGGUGAACUCCAGCAUCCAAGCACAGCUGUCAAAACAGGUUUCGAUCUCAUGAGAAUGGCAUCUUUAAAAGUAGGAAUUUCCAUUAAAACACAAGACAAAGUAAUGAGGAAAGAGGGAGAAGAAUUCAUGUUUCUCAUGAGUAAGGAAUGGAGUUUCAAAGUUAACAAGAUUGCAAGAUCUACUUUGUCAGAGCGAAUGUUUAAUAGGAAAAAAGAGCUCCCUCACCCUGAAGACAUAGUCAAGUUAUCUUCUUACUUAGUGGAAAACUUGGAAUCUCUAGAUUUAACUUACACUGCUGUCAGUGGCUUGAUGUUCAGACGCAUUGUCAUGUUAGUGGAAGCACGUCUUCUGUUAUACAACCGCAGGAGACCGGGAGAACUAGAAGCUCUGAGCCUGCAGUGUUACAGAAAUAGAUCAAAAGGAGUCACAGAAACCGAUCUUUCUCUCAGAGAAAAGUUAACAAAAUUGGAAAAGGAAAUGCUAGAAAAUCAAGAGUUAGUUGAAAUCCGUGGAAAGAAUGGGACCAGAGUACCGGUCAUAUGUCCGAAGGAGGUCAUCCCUAGCAUGAAAUAUCUUGCAAAUGAAGAAGUACGCAAAAAGGCUGGUAUAAAAGAGGGAAAUCCUUUUCUCUUUGCAAAUACUGCUGAAGAUGUUGUGCGGGCUGGGAACAGUCUGGAGGAACUCCGAACAGAGUGUCCAUCACUUAAAUUUCCUGACAGAAUCUAUGCAACUAACCUAAGAAAAUAUUGUGCUACUAUUGCCCAAGUUAUUGGGCUCAAGGAUCAUGAACUUAAGUACUUGUGUAGACACAUGGGACACACAAUGCAAGUUCAUGAACUACAUUAUCGCAGCACAUCAGGUCUAAUAGAAAGACUUGAAAUUGCCAAACUUAUGGUUAUGCAGGAAUGUAAUGUAGUUGGGAAGUUCCAUGGGAAAAGUUUAAAAGAUAUUACUUUUGAAGACAUUCUUGAUAAUGAAGACAUUGUCCUCGGAGAAGGAGAAGCCCAUAGAGAAGAAGAAGCUCCUUCAGUAGAAGAUACAGGUCUAGCUCUUGAUGACAUGGCACUAAACACGUUGAACAUUGAAGAGGAUGUAUUAGUAACGAGAAAGAAACCUAAGAAGAGUACAAGAAAGGCAUGGACUAAAGAGGAAGAAGAAGAAAUGAGAAAAUAUUUUGAGGAAUACUUUGAUGGUAAAAAGAAGAAAACUUGCCCAAGUAGAGCGGAGUGCCAAAGAGCAAUUGAAUUAAGCAGAAAAAAUGGAGGAUGCAUUCACUUAAGAAAUUGGGAGACCAUAAAAAAGAAAGUAAAUAAUUUUCUCUGCAGCUUUGGCAAGAAGAAGUGAAUUCUGAAAGGAAAAGUCAUACAAAAGGCCAGGACAGAUUUUUUUCCAGCAUACUUACACUGUAUACUUAGGCUAGUGACAUAAAAAAAAUCUGAACAGAUAAACUCAUUCAGAUUAAUAAUCAAUAAUGACAAAUACACAGGAUGUAAGCUGUAAGUGAAAGGACAUAGUUUUCAUCAUGAUUGUCUUGCAUUCUUCUAUUUCAUUUUGUGUUCAACUCAGUUACAAAGAAAUUGU